AUGGCCAAAGUCGAAGGUCACGCUGACGCUCCAUUUGAAAGCCUUCGCACUCUUCUCGAAGAGCAAAUUGCUUCUGGAGAUGAGCUUGGUGCUUCCAUCGUCCUUAACAUCGACGGUAAGAAUGUCCUUGAUAUCUGGGGAGGUUUCUUUGACGAGGAAAAAACCAAACCAUGGGAGAAGGACACCGUUGUCAAUGUCUGGUCAUCCACCAAGACUGUCGCCACCCUCGCAGCACUGAUACAAGUGGACCGGGGUCAACUUGACCUCGACGCUCCGGUCUCUAAAUACUGGCCUGAAUUUGCCGAGAAUGGUAAAGAAGGUGUCUUGGUUCGUCACUUCCUCUCCCAUACGUCUGGUGUAUCAGGUUGGAAGGAUCCCAUUACGCCCGAGGAGGUUCAAGACUUAUCCAUUUCCGUGCCUCGCCUCGCGAAGCAAGCACCAUUCUGGCCACCAGGAACUGCAAGUGGUUACCACGCGGUGGUCAUGGGUCACCUGAUCGGAGAAUUGAUCAGACGCACGAGUGGUAAGCCCAUGAAGCAAUUUGUGGCUGAAGAAAUCGCCGGUCCACUAGGUGCAGAUUUUCAGGUUGGUGCGCUCGAGAAGGAUUGGCCACGCAUCUCUCCAGUCAUUCCUCCACCACCAUCGCCUAUUGACUUCAGCACCCUCGAUAAGAACAGCCCGACAUUUCUAUCACUGGGGAACCCACCAAUGGAUGCAAGGAUCGCAAACACACCAAGUUGGCGUCGUACUGACAUGACUGGUGUCAACGGUACAGCCAAUGCACGAUCACUAGUUCGCGUCUUGAGCAUCAUAACCCUAGGUGGAACCAUUGACGGAAAGAAAUAUCUUUCACCACAAACCAUUGAGAAAAUCUUCGAAGAGCAGGCCAACGGACCCGAUCUGGUCGUUGGAGUGCCCCUUCGCUUUGGCACAGGUUAUGGCCUCACUGGUGGCGGAACGAGCCAGACUAUAGAUUGGCUGCCCAAGGGCAAAGUUUGCUUCUGGGGUGGAUGGGGCGGUAGUUUGAUCAUCAUGGAUCUUGAGCGGAAGGUCACAUUCUCAUACACCAUGAACAAGAUGGGUGCUGGAAUUCUGGGGAAUGUAAACUCUGAGAAAUACUUAAAGGCAGUUUAUAAGGCACUCGGGGUCGAAGGGUAUUAG